AUGCCUCGAAAAUCUUCUAAAUCAACUGCUGCAAAAAAUAGAAAUAAUAAACAAAAUCAAAAUUUAGUUACAGGUCAAUUUGCAUUUACUGCUAAAAGUGAUGAUGAAUAUUUGCCCUCUUGUGAAUAUUCUGAAGAUAGUUCAGAUGAUGAUUUU